AUGUCGGCCUCCGCCCUACCUGACCUCAGUCCUCCCUUGCCUCUAGUGCCCUGCCCUCAGUCCUACCUGCCCUCCGUCCUCACUGGCCACUCCUGCCCUGCCCUCAGUCCUCCCUUACCAUCCUCCCUGCCCUCCGUCCUACCUGCCCUCCGUCCUCACUGGCCACGACUGCCCUGCCCUCAGUCCUCCCUUGCCUCUGGUACCCUGCCCUCAGUCCUACCUGCCCUCAGUCCUCCCUUGCCUCUAGUGCCCUGCCCUCUGUCCUACCUGCCCUCCGUCCUCACUGGCCACUACUGCCCUGCCCUCAGUCCUCCCUUGCCUCUAGUGCCCUGCCCUCCGUCCUACCUGCCCUCCAUCCUCACUGGCCACUCCUGCCCUGCCCUCAGUCCUCCCUUGCCAAAGACCCACAGCCCCAUCAGCCCCACAGCCCUUACCGGCCCUAACAGCCCCACAGCCUUUAACAGCCCUACAGCCCUUACCAGCCCCACAGCCCUUACCAGCCCCACAGCCCUUACCAGCCCCACAGCCCCACCAACCCCACAGCCCUUACCAGCCCCACAGCCCUUACCAGCCCCACAGCUCUUACCAGCCCUUACCAGCCCCACAGCCCCACCAACCCCGCAGCCCUUACCAGCCCCACAGCCCUUACCAGCCCCACAGCCCUUACCAGCCCUUACCAGCCCCACCAACCCCGCAGCCCUUACCAGCCCCACAGCCCUUACCAUCCCCACAGCCCUUACCAGCCCUGACCAGCCCCACAGCACCACCAGCCCCACAGCCCUUACCAGCCCCACCAGCCCUAUCAGCCCUUACCGGCCCUAUCAGCCCUACCAGACCCACAGCCCUAUCAGCACCACAGCCAUACCAGCCCCACAGCCCUUACCAGCCCCACAGCCCUUACCAGCCCUGACCAGCCCCACAGCACCACCAGCCCCACAGCCCUUACCAGCCCCACCAGGCCUAUCAGCCCUUACCGGCCCAUUCAGCCCUUACCAGCCCCACAGCCCUUACCGGCCCUAUCAGCCCUACCAGCCCCACAGCCCUAUCAGCACCACAGCCAUACCAGCCCCACAGCCCUUACCAGCCCCACCAGCCCUAUCAGCCCUUACCGACCCUAUCAGCCCUAACAGCUCCACAGCCCUUAACGGCCCUAUCAGCCCUACCAGCCCCACAGCCCUAUCAGCCCCACAGCCCUUACCGGCCCUAUCAGCCCUACCAGCCCCACAGCCCCACCAGCCCCACAGCCCUUACCAGCCCCACAGCCCUUACCGGCCCUAUCAGCCCUACCGGCCCCACAGCCCCACCAGCCCUACCAGCCCCACAGCCCCACCAGCCCCACAGCCCUUACCAGCCCCACAGCCCUUACCAGCCCCACAGCCCCACCAGCCCUAUCAGCCCUACCAGCCCCACAGCCCCGCAGUCCCACCAGCCCCACAGCCCCCCAGGCCCCACCGGCCCCAUCAGCCCCACCAGCCCUACCAGCCCCGCAGUCCCACCAGUCCCCCAGGCCCCACUGACCCCACAGUCCCAACAGAACCCAGCCCCACAGCCCCACCAGCCCUAUUAGCCCACCCCAGCCCCACAGCCCCCCAGCCCCACCAGCCCUAUCAGCCCCACAGCCCCACCAGCCCUAUCAGCCCCACCAGCCCCACAGCCCCACCAGCCCCACAGCCCCCAGGUCUAUCAGCCCCACUAGCCCCACAGCCCCCCAACCCCACAGCCCCACCAGCCCUAUCAGCCCCACCAGCCCCACAGCUCUAUCAGCCCCACCAGCCCCACAGCCCCACCAGCCUUAUCAGCCCCACCAGCCCCACAGCCCCCCAGCCCCCCAGCCCCACAGCCCCCCCAGCUCCACCGGCCUCAUCAGCCCUACCAGCCCAAGAGCUCCAUCGGACUCACCGGCCCCACCAGCCCCACCAACCCCACCGGCCCCAUGGGCUCGACCGGACCCACCAGCCCCACCAGCCUCUUUGA